AUGCCAAAACCACACUUCUGCCCGACUAGUCAUGAUAAAGAAAAUAAUCGAGCGAGAGAAGAGCCAUUACAAUAUUUGAAGAACUUCAGCGAUGAAGGGAAUAAGAAUAUAAAAGCUUGGGUUCCAACCAGAUAUUUAAAUGCAGCAAAAGCUACUGAGGCAUUCAGCCUCUGAGUAAAUAUAAGAUAUACAAGACUUUUUUGCUAUUAUGCAAAAGUCUAG